AUGGAUGGAAACAAAGACGAUGCAUUGAAAUCCUUCAAAAUCGGUAAAGAAGCGUUGCAAAACGGCGAUCGGAAUCGCGCUUUGAAGUUUCUUAACAAAGCUCGCCGCCUCGAUCCCGCCCUUCCCGUUGACGAUCUAUUGUCCACCAUACAAACAGAUGAAGGGGAUCCUCCUCCUCCAGUAGCUGCCCCCUCCGAUCAGCCUUCCAUUCGUCGAAGGUCUUCCGCUCCCGCUCCGGCGCCAGGGCCUUCGGCGUCUUCCUCGAUAUCAUAUAGUCAGGAACAAGUUUCAAUUAUAAGAGAAAUUAAGAGGAAGAAGAAUUAUUACGACAUUUUAGGGUUGGAGAAGAGUUGUACUGUGGAUGAUGUCAGGAAAUCUUAUAGGAAGCUCUCUUUGAAGGUUCAUCCUGACAAGAACAAGGCUCCUGGAGCGGAGGACGCGUUUAAGUUGGUGUCCAAGGCUUUUCAGUGUCUUGGUAACGAGGAGAGUAAGAGAAAGUAUGAUGUUUCUGGAGAAGAUGAAGUGGUUUACGAAAGGCGUGCUGCAAGACCGGCUUCUGCUAGAGGCUUUAAUGGUUACUAUGAUGCUGAUGUUGAUGCUGAGGAAAUAUUUAGGAAUUUCUUCUUUGGAGGAAUGGCUCCAGCGGCUAAUUUUGGCGGGUUUAGUUUUGGAGGGCCGGGGAUGGCUCAUAGACAGCCUGCUGCUGAUAAUGGGUCUGGUGGAUUCAAUGUCCGAGCUUUGAUUCAGGUGCUUCCUGUGCUUCUCAUUUUGCUGAUUAACUUUUUGCCUUCAUCGGAACCUGUGUACACUCUUUCGCAAAACUAUCCCUAUGAACACCGGCUUACUACACCUAAGGGUGUUAACUACUAUGUUAAGUCCACAAAGUUUGAACAAGAUUAUCCCUUGGAUAGCCGCGAACGGCUUACACUUGAGGAAAAAGUUGAGAGAGAAUACUUUGGUAUUCUUCGCCAGAAUUGUCAGUUUGAGAUCCAGCGACGCCAGUGGGGAUAUAUCAGGGAAACGCCUCACUGUGAUAUGCUAAGGAAGUUUGAUUCAGUCCGUUGA